AAAAGCAAAAUUAUAUUUUAGCAAUAAUAAAUAGAAAAAUUAUGUUAUUUAAGCAAUUUUUUGCUUAUUUAAUAUUACAGGUAAUAACAUUAAAUAUAAAAAGUAAAAUCAAAAUAAAUUCGUAGCCACCGGAUGUAGCCUGAAAACACGCAAUUAAAUAGUUCAAAAUAAAUCAGCGACAAGCAUACUAAUUAACCAUACAAAUAAAUGCAAAUAUGUUUCGUAACGAAUUCGCAUAAAUAUUUUACAUUUAUUGAAGUUUUUUCAUCGAUGUUAGUUUUUAUUUUGGAAAAUUCGUCUGUGGUAUAUAUUCAUACGCGUUCCUCAACAUGUUCUGAACAAUAUCAAAGGGAUAUUUAUUUUGUUUAGAUUGUUGGAUGCGUUGUUGUGUUGUCAGUUGAAUAACCAGUGGUAUUCGACGCCUACAUUCACUGUCUUUGUGUAGACGGUACACAUACAUGUGACUACCCGCUAUGUUUUUAUGAACUUGUUUUUUAUCCGACGACUCUUGAUCCCGUGUCUGCCAUGUCCAUGAUGAACACUAAAACAAGAUCCAGAGGCGGAGGCCGCAUGAAUCAAGGAGGUCAUCCGGGAAGCCGGAAUGAUAAGCGACAUGGGAAUUAUCCACAAGAUAGGCCGAUACGAUCAAAUGCCAAUAAACAACAAUCCAGUGACAGAAAUGUACCAAUGGAAGGAAUUUACAAGAACCAAAGAUAUACUCAUGUUGUUGUGAGCCUGAUAGGAUUGAAUGUGCAACUUACUGUUAAAAAUGGAAGAGUUUAUGAAGGUGUCUUCAAAACCAUGUCAAAUCAGGGAGAUGUUGCGCUUGAGGUUGUGCAUGUUGUUGAAGAAGGGGUGCCUGGUCAGGCCCCCAGUAAGGAACAGAUACUGUCUAAACUGGUUGUCAAGGCAGCUGAUGUUGCAUGUCUUACUGCUGCCAAUGUGGACCUCGACUAUGCUGUUAAAGAUACAUUUACAGAUGGUGGCAUCAGCAAGUUCAAUGGUGAAUCAGUAUCUGAGAAGGAGUUGGAACCCUGGGAGGCAGACCACGAUGCUGAACAGAUCUCUUGGGAGGCAGAAGGGGAUAACUCUAAUGGUUGGGAUGCUGAUGAAAUGUUCCAGACCAAUGCUCGUCAGUUCAAUGUAACAUCCUCCUAUGAUGAUUCGCUUGCACAAUACACUACAAAACUUACGCGUGGUAACAGUGAAGAGUACAGGCGGCGAGAGGAACAUGCCAGAAAGCUGGCAGCCGAGAUUGAACAGAGUCCCACUUACAAGAAGAACGCUGAGCUGGAGAAUAUCAACGGCGACGAUGAUGAGGAGGCAAAGUUCAGUGCCGUCGUACGACCUAAUGAUGGGGAUAACCAGUCCUCUUACCCGGCCACUGCUGGCUCUAAUAAGUAUGUGCCGCCCAACAAAAGACAGGGGCCUCCAGUGGUGGGCAGCAAGUCUGGGCGUGGUGGCUCGCAGGGUGCUGUAGGUUCAAGAUCUGCCAUGUCUACUCAGCCAUAUCCUCCAGCCCAACUCACAUCUCAACAUUCAUCUGAAUCUGUUAACGGAGAGGAGCCUAUUCGCACAGUGCCAGCCUCUACUGCAGGCCCUACUGUCAGAACUACUAGUCGAAACAUGCACGAAGCAGAAAGACAUGUUACUUCAGAAAAAAAACAAAGAGAUUUAGAGGACCUGAAAAGCUUUGGUUCUAAUUUUAAGCUGGCUCCAAAUGCAAACAAAGAAUUGUCUGAAAGUGAAAGACACAAGGAAAAAGACAUUAAUAGGAAUGUGAAAGAACAACCAUCAGAAACAAAAGACACCAAUAAUAGAGAUAUAUCAACAAGUGAUAAUUCUAGUGUAGUUAGUGAAACUGCUACUACUAUUAGUGUUAGCAGAGGUAUAAACCAUGUAGAAAACAUGAAAAACACUGUGGUGCCUGAAAGAAACUCUUUUAAACACGAAGCACUCGUUGCGACCUCUCAGUCCAUGGAACAAAGUUCCGGAGGCGUGUCAUCUAGUGUGGAUGCUGAUUUUGCAGCGUCAGAGACAUCAACAUCUUCCCAAAUCUCUUCAACACAAACAACUAUAGUUGUUAACUCAAACUUGCGAGCAGAAGCACAAGAGUUUGUCCCAAGGAGCUCGUUGGCCAGUCACCAGCAGGUGCCCACUCCCCCUCAACAACCAACACCCACUCCAAACCAAACUGUUCUGUACUACACCCCCCAGAUGACCCAGAUGCCCCCAGUGAAUCAAGUGAUGGUCCAGCAGCAACAAUUCCAGGUGAAAAGAGCUGAUGUAUCGGUCAAGAAUAUGAAUGCUACUGCGAUGCAAAAAACUGGCCAGCCUUUGUUAGCCCAUAACCAUGUGUUCAUGGUUCAACAACCUGUAGCCACAGGGUACAAUCACGGGCAGAUGAUAACCAUGCCUCCUCCUACCCAGCAGAGAAUUAUGUCGCAACCAUCGAUGCAUCCGGGAGUUGUACCUUCCCCAAUGUCAGGUCCACAGUCAAUCGACCUUUCACAGCCCAUGUACAUUGGUCAGCAAGGCCCUAUGCCUGCUCACAUGAAUCAGCAGUGGCAGAUGUACAUGAGCUCUCAGCAUGCAAGUCAACCAAUGCACAACAACCCCGCCCCGAGCCCAGUGCACACCAAUCCAACCCAAGUGAUGAACCCAGGCCCACACCCGCCUUCCUCGGGCACUCCUCAGCCCCAGCAAGGCUACCCACAGAACCCACAUCAACCACACCCGCCCCUGCAACCAAGCCCCCACAACCAACCAUCUCCACAGAAUAUGCAGCCUUACAACUCCUUCACGUCUCACGGAGUGCCGCCCAUGCAGAUGCAGGGCUCCAUUGGGAGCCAUCAGUUCCCCAUGCCGCAGCACUCCAGUGUGCCCACCUCGGUCACGUACAGUAUGCAAGGCCACCAGCACCAUAACUCCAACCAGCUGCAGCACAUCGUCAUGAUGCCUUCCAAUGCUCAGCACCCUGGUCCCAGCGGCCAGAUGGGCCAGCAUCAUCAUCACCAUCAUAACAUGCAACAGUUCGCUGGACAUCAUAUGCCAAGUGGUAUACAGCAGCCUCAUCUGGUGCCACAGUCCGGGAUGCAGGGCAUGCCUAGCCAGGGACCCAGCAGCCAGCAACACAUGAGCAGUCAGCAGAUGCCACAGUACAUCCAUGGAGUCCAGCAUCCUGGAGGACAGCACAUCCCGAGCUAUCAGCCCUCCCAGUAACACACGCCCCCUUUUAACAUACGCUUUCAUCACCUAGGUCUAGCAGCAGCCAACCUCAGUGGUGCAAUCCACUCACGUCCUGAACACUUUAUAGUGCAGCACAUACGCCGUUAAACCGGAGUGUAUUAAACUUACCAGCUGCACAUGGACACUGUGGAGCCCCUAUGGAGAACUGCUAUGUGCCUAAGAGAGCUGCCUUCUCCUGUGUGUUUUUAUCUUGACUGUCCCAUCACCCAUAGGCUUCAUUUACUUGAAGUUUAGUCACUGAUUUUAUGAUUGCACUUUACCUGUGGAUAUGUCCACUUUUCAUGUUUUGUAUUUCAAUUUUCUAAACAAAUAAAUAAGGUCAAGAUAGAAUGUUAAAAAAAUGUACUUUUUAUAUAAAAGUUUUCUAAGAAAUAAUAACUUAUAUUUGAUCAUGAUGUCAGUCUUUAUUCUAGACAUGCAGUAUUAAGAGAACAUCAUAAUGUCAUGAUUUAGAAUGAAUAUUUAUGGCAUACAGCACUGACUUCUUUAUGAUUAUAAUGUCCAUAUUUAAGAUAACAUUAAUAAGCAAAUCAAUUUUUCAAUUAAAACUCAAGAUUAUGACAAGUUGUUCUAUAAUAAAUCAUGUCUCAAGACAAAUAUGAUAUAUUAUGCAUUAUAAUGUUAAGGAACAAUUUUUCAUAGCAAUGGCAUCACUGAAAACAUAGUUUAGCUGAAGCAUUUGCUCACAGGCAGCAUCCACUUUUUGUGCUGUUUUCUAUUACUCGAGAUAUACAUGUAUUGAGAGACAAACAGACUGUCUUCAAUUUCAAAAACUGUAUGCUGUAUUGAACAAUAAUGUUGGGAUCUAAGGUUAAAAUGGUAUUUCAAUACAAAAUAAAAAUUGAUGGUCUGGGGGGGGGGGCUGCGCUUUAUGCAUGUGUGUAAAGUGUCGCCCUUUUUGUGUGAACACUUUCUUCCAUGUCACGAUUUUCCUUUGAAUAAAUUUUUUAUAAAAUAGGAAAGUGUUAUACUGGAGUAGCCUGUGGGAACUGAAGACAUUACCCACUUAUAUCAAGCCAGGUUUUGCAGAUACAGAUGCCUGUGGUGCAUUUCAAAGAGUGUUGGCAUUCAAGCAUGCUCUGUGAAAAAGGGAUUCAAUUCACGUGUGUGAAGUGUUGUCCUAGAUUAGGGACGACACUUCGCUUUUAUGGGGGUUUUUUAUAUACAAAAAGUCUCUUUGCAAAAAUCUAGUUAAGGCUGCAAGUUUUGUCAUUAAUAAGCCUUUGUGGGACUGCACAGGCUUAUUUGGGAGGUCACCUUAUGAACAUGCAUUAAACCCCUUUUUCACAGAGCAUCGCUCAAUUAUUUGUCUUGCACAAGCUUCUGACCUGAUACUUUUCUGUUCAUAAGACAUAAUAAACUGUGGAUACAUGCUCUGUUUGUAAAUCCAUAAGUGUAGCAUCUGCUUCAUAAUGGAAUAACUUCCAUUACUGGAGUAGCUAUGCGGCAUCAUAAAGAUGCCUAUUCAAUUGUGCUUGAUUUUGGUUGUGUUUUGUCUACUUGUGGAGUCGGUCACAUGUCCUGAUUUGAGUGGCAAGUGUUGUGAAUGCCACCAUAAAUAAUGUUUUGUCGUAGUAUGCCUGCUGCUUGUUGGAAAAUCAUUGAAACUUCUCAUUUUUUGACUGUGAAAAAAUACCCACAACUAUUGUGGUUAUGAAUUUGUUUAUCAAACCAGUAUUAUUUCAGUAAAGUGAUUAAGAAAUAAUUAUCUUCCAGGAAUCUUGAGUUUGGAUUAUAUUGCUGUAUCUUUCCUUUGUCUUAUCAUAGCUCAGAAAUUACAGCAUGCAUGUCAUGUUUCACCCAUGUUGAAGUUACACCGUCAUGGAGUUGAAAUGUGAGCCGUUUUUCAUUUCACCCAUGUUGAAGUUACACCGUCAUGGAGUUGAAAUGUGAGCCGUAUUUCAUUUCACAAGCUUGAUUGUCAUUGGGAUAUGAAUGAAACCACUAGUAUAUGUUGAACUUGUUAUGUUUUACAUGUAGAGUUUAUGAGUGUGAUAGCCUUUCAUAACCUUUUUGGUAUUGAAUACUUUGUAUUGAUGAGAGCUAUGUUCAUGCAAUAUUGACCUGUGUUUUGUUUAACUGCUCGGAGCUACUGUGUCGGUGUUGAAAAUGGCGAGUUCUGGAUUUUAAACAGAUUCAUGUGACCAUCCGCUUGUUCAGUGAUGGAAUUUUGCUAUCAGUGUUAACCAUGUAAAGGCCUAACAUACACUUUCUUGAAAUAUGUUCAGCUGGAUAAGAUAGAAUUGUGUGCAUUUUUACUUUGAUUUCUGACAGCUAUUCUACAAAACUUGUAGAUGUCAUGGCCAAAAAGAAAAAUAAAGAAAACCUAGAGAUU